CGGGCUGUGGCUUGAUCACGUGCACAUAUAUUAAUUUCAAAGGGGUAUAUGUGGGGUCGCAAUUCCAGUGCACGUUUCUAUACUUCCCCUCCCCAUUAUUCCAACCCGCAGCCAUGGUUUUAAUUGCUUGCGGCCAGCUUUGCUCUACGUCUAGUUUGGCGGAAAAUGCACAAAAGGCCGUGCGAUUGAUCACCCGCGCCGCCGCUAUGAACGCCAAGGUCCUCUUCCUCCCUGAAGCCUCGGACUACCUUGCGGUGAACGCGAAGCAUUCUGUCGAGAUAGUACGACUGGUACAGGAUUCCCCGUUCAUUCAGGGCGUCCAGAAGACGCUUCGUGAGUUGCAUUCCCAGGGAAAGUCCCUCCACGUCAGUGUCGGGGUGCACGAGCCAUGUGUGGGCGGGGACCGCGUGAAGAACACCUUGUUAUGGAUCAAUGACCAAGGAGUCAUCGAGCAACGGUACCAGAAGUUGCACUUGUUUGACAUCAGCAUCCCCAACGGGCCUAUCUUGAAGGAAAGCAACUCGGUGGAGCGCGGGAACGAGAUCAUACCGCCAUUCGACACGCCGGCAGGGAAGUUGGGGAUGGGGAUCUGCUACGAUAUUAGAUUUCCCGAGCUCGCCUUGAGAUUGAGAUCCUUGGGGGCCCAAAUUUUGACCUAUCCGUCGGCCUUCACCAUGAAGACUGGCGCUGCGCACUGGCACUUGUUGGCGCGUGCGCGAGCUAUCGACACACAGUCGUACGUGGUGAUGGCGGCGCAAGCGGGCACCCACAAGCUCGAAAGUGAGGGAAACGAGGGUCCUAAGACGGCGAGGAUCUCCUACGGUCACGCAUUGAUCGUGGAUCCAUGGGGCACGGUGGUGGCGGAAUGUUCCGACGUGGACGUGGGCGACGAAGACCUCUGUGUGGCGGAUAUCGACUUGGUAAAGUUGGAGAAGGUGAGGAAGGAUAUGCCUCUCUGGGAGCACCGGAGACCGGAUGCGUUUGGGUACGAGGUGUGAGUUAGCGCCGGGUUGGCGGAGAGAUGAAUGUAAGUAUUUUCCAAUAUUUAUGCUUUGGUCACGGAAGUUCAAUAUACAGAGUUGGUUAUCAGCGUAAUUGUCUGUAAGGUCUUGUUUGUAUGCUUAUGAAACAACUUGGAAUCGAG